AUGAGGUUUGAAGUUGGGGCUGUGUAUGAGACCUCGAAAGAGGUCUCUUCAAUGCCAAAGGUUCAACCUUUGUCUUCUGGUGGCCAAGUGGUCGGGAGAAGUGCAGCUUCCUUGGGCUACCGCAAUGAGGAUCAGGGUGUAGAGGUUUGGGCAGUGCACAGAAAGGGGAGCUCAGCUGGUGGUGGUAUUUUCAUUGAAUAUGUUGAGAGUGUUCCAUCUGGAGAGGCCAGGCUUAGGAUUGAAGGAAAUUGCACAAGAAUACAAUCUGAACUGGGAUUCUUCUAA